AUGGCAGCUAUAAGCCCUGCGAUUAUCGUUCGGACCACACCACAUACACCUUCACUGCGACCUCGAGCAACGACCCCAACCAGACGAUCCAAAGCGACUUUACGCGCGAUGAACGCCUCGACGAACAGCCAAUCACCGCCAAACUCUCAAUCUCAGAGUCCAGCAAGCAAGAAACCCUUGCCACAAGGAGCGGCAUCCGCCUUGCCUGAGAACCUCAACAAAUUGGCCGACAGGAUCCAUGCCAAAUUAGCAGAGAGUAUACCCAACCUAGGCUCUGACUCCGAGUAUAUGAGACACAUGGUACACUCUGCCUGGAUCCAGAGGCUUCCCGAGCUUGCAGAGUCCAUGUUCCCAGACUCGACUCUCCAUCGAGAGAUGUUGUUGGAGAUGAUGUUGGAGAAUUGGAAAGGCUCCGGGAAUUAUCCUGAGGCGAGAUUAUUGGAGGGCAGGCCUGAGGAGCAGAUCGCGCACCUUACCCGUUAUAUCAACACCGUUCUGAAGCCUUCGAAGGAGGAUGUGACCAGAACGUCGGACGUUCCUGCCGAAGUGGGCGGGAGUAGGAAGCCCAGAGAUACGCGUGACGAUAGCCUGGUCCCAGAAGAAUGGAGGAAGUUCCUCCUACGCCCGAAGCAUGAGAUCAGGAUCGUCCGCCCCGGGGCCAAGAAGAAGCUCGAUCUCAGUAAUCCAGACAGGAUCGUCGUGGCGCCCGUGCCUGCUCGUUCCAAGCGUCGAUCCUUGCAGACGCUAGCCACAGAACAAACCACGAUCUGGUUAACCACCGGCCCCACGCUAACCCGUUGGACCUCGAAACCCGACUUCCCAAAGCCCGUACCCAACAUCCCUCCCAAAAUCGCCGUCAAGAAGACGCGCGACAUGGGUUUUGGCAUAUUCGCCACACACGACAUCCAGGCCCACGAAAUCGUCCUCGCCGAGCGCCCGUUCAUGAUCUACCCAGCGUCACUCAACUACGUCGCUCCUAUCCGAGCACUCGCCUACGUGCAUAUGGACGAUGAUGAAAUUGAGCGCCUCAGGCUCCUUCACUCGGAGCCGGUUUUCAGAAAGGCCUUCCAGGCGAUGACGGAGUGCGAGCGGGAGGAGUUUUUGAUGUUGCCAGGUCUGGGCGGGGACGGUACGGAGGGUGCUGGGAGCGAACCUCUCUUGGCCAAUGCAACCACGAUUGGGCUCCCCGUCGAUUUCGCGUGCGAUGAGACUUACUAUCAGUUUGAAGAUGGAUAUAAGGGCAUUCCGAGGAUUGGGAGUCGAUUUAAUCACAGCUGUGUGCCGAAUCUACUCUUGGCUUUCGACCAGAAGACGUUCAGUUACAUAUACUUCGCUGCCCGUCCUAUCAAAGCCGGUUCGCAGCUGUUCCUUUCCUAUACCAACAUUUACCAGCCUAAAGCCACCCGCCAAGCCAGGCUCGCUCGCUACAACUUUACGUGCCACUGCCUCGCCUGUGAGCAUGCUACACCCCAACGUGACAAACUCCGCCAAACUUGUAAAACGCUCAUCGAUAACUGGGUGAAACAGUCGGAGACGGUGUGGAUGAAGGAUCCGAAGCUCAAGGAAAGCGUUUUGAACCCGCUGUUGGCGUUAAAGAAGAGGAUGGAGGAGGAUGGGCUGGACUCGCGAGAGGCGGGGUACUGGGAACUGCAUCCCAUCAUGUACCGGGUGUACACCAAGUUGGGUUUGACCGAGAAGGCGAAGGCGGCGCUGCGGGUCUGGUUUGAGUACCAGUGGCCUGUGAUCAGCGACGAUUACAAGGAGGGAGCGAAGCAGAAGUUUGGGUUUGACUUUGGCUUGAAAGGGAAGGAGAAACGGGUUUACAUCUCUGAUUUGUAG